CCCACCAUGCGAUCCAUGACGACAAAAGUGGAUGUGGCUUCUACUGGCUCUGACGAGGGGUUGUUGAGAGGUAAGGAAAGGAAGGAGAUAUAAAAGGAGGCAUUGUUCCUGUUAAAGAGAGAUUGCAUUAUCAUAUUCUCUCGAUCUCUAUACAAUCACCAGCUUUUCACUUGGUUCGGAUAUUACUAUUUCCUCCCUCCCAGCGUCCUUGACCAGAACCUAUACCUAUCCACCAUGCCCAUCAACAUCCCCGCCGCAGAGAGUGUCCAUGACCUCUUCAGCCUGAAGGGCAAGGUGGUCGUGGUCACCGGCGCCUCCGGACCCCGCGGAAUGGGUAUCGAGGCCGCACGCGGCUGUGCUGAGUUGGGUGCUGAUCUUGCUAUCACAUACGCCUCUCGUCCCCAAGGUGGUGAGAAGAACGCCAAGGAGCUCAGCGAGACAUACGGCGUCAAGGUCAAGGCCUACAAGCUCGACAUCUCCAACGCCAAGGACUGCCAGAAGCUCGUCGACGACGUCAUCAAGGACUUUGGCAAGAUCGAUGCCUUCAUCGCCAACGCCGGCCGGACCGCCAGCGCUGGUGUUAUCGACUCCUCCGUCGAGGACUGGGACGAAGUCAUCCAGACCGACCUGAACGGCACUGCCUACUGCGCGAAGGCCGUCGGUCCUCACUUCAAGGAGCGCGGGACCGGCAGCUUCGUCAUUACCGCCUCCAUGUCCGGCCACAUCGCCAAUUUCCCUCAGGAGCAGACAUCCUACAACGUUGCCAAGGCCGGCUGCAUCCAUAUGGCUCGCUCGCUGGCCAACGAGUGGCGUGACUUUGCUCGUGUCAACUCCAUCUCCCCCGGCUACAUCGACACCGGUCUCUCGGACUUCGUGCCCAAGGAGACGCAGGAUCUAUGGAACUCGAUGAUCCCCAUGGGUCGAAACGGACACGCGAAGGAGCUGAAGGGCGCCUAUGUCUACCUGGUCAGUGAUGCCAGCACGUACACGACCGGUGCGGAUAUCCGGAUCGACGGUGGUUACUGCGUGCGAUAAACGUAUUCGCCGCGGGGUAGAAGGAAAAUAAUCUAUAUAUGACAUUUCCGGUUGGAGGGACUACUACUACUACUACCAACAUAUAUAUAUCUACUGGGUAUUAUAUAUAAAUGCGAUGAAGUAAUGACCGAAAUAAUUCAAUAAAAAUGCAUAACUAUCCAACUUGACCUCGAGUCACUCGAAGUAAUAACAGUCCCUGUCCCAGAUACCUAAAUUUCCUAUACCAUACUCCAUCCG